AUGGUAACAUUGAGAACAGUGAAGUUCCAAUUUCUAAUUUAGAUGAUUCUAGCUCGAGGAUGGUUUUAUGUCGUUUCAUUGAUUAUUAUAAUGGCUAUGAAUGCAUCGAAUGGCCUAUAUCAGAAUUCAUUUUUCGGGUUAGCUGCUGAUUUUCCAGCAAAGUAUUCGAACGCAGUUGUUAUCGGUACAAAUAUUUGUGGAACUUUCACGAGCGUUCUAGCAAUUGUGGCAACAGUGUCUUUUUCUGAUAAACCACAGACUGUUGCUUUGAUUUACUUCGCUAUUUCAUUAGCCAUCCUAAUUAUUUGUCUAUUUUCAUGGUGGUUUUGUAAGAAACUGGUGAGGUUAAAAAAUCCUUUAUUUCAACGACGUUAUUUAAUUCAGGAAUUUUAUAACUUUUAUGUAGAAAAAGGAAAUCAAGUACGCUCCGCACAAUCGUCGACAAGAUUCGAUUACCGUCUCUAUCUCGGCACUUUGAAACAUGUGAGUUGAAGAAUAUUAUUAUUAUUAUUAUUUAUUUACCUUUUUAACGUGAAAAUUAUUAGAGAAUUCGAGAAGGAUUUUAGAGAGAAUUACUUAACCUGAUUUGCAAAUAGUUUCACUUUUAAAAAACAGUGAAACUUCAAACUUUAAGACGAGUUUUCCGUUAGCCUCGUCCCAUUUUGGUGGCGAAUCUUGAAAAAGCCCGGUGGGGUUAAUCGAGUUACUGUAGGAGAAUUUUGUUUGGAAAUAGCAGCAUGAACAAGUAAGAACAUAUCAUUUUCAGUGUUGGUUACAAUGUGUCAGUGUUUUCUUUGUUUAUUUUGUAACAUUGUCAGUAUUUCCUACUAUUCUGGUCGGAUUUGAACCAACACAAGAUGGAAAAUGGAAUUCGGUCAUUCCAAGUAAGUUCAGUCAUGAGCUCAUGCAUUGCUGCCACAGAGCUUUUUGUGAUAGUAAUAUAAUUCCGGUAUUUUUCUUGCACUGUGGUGUUUCCAAACUCCUGCUAACACAGAUCUGUUGUCAACAGUAACCGUUACGUAACCGACAAACUGAGCCCUUGAAUUCAAUACUUUUUCUCAAAAACGUGUAGAAAUCAGCAUGAUUAGCACAAAAAUCGUGAUUUCAUCCAAAUCGGUAAUUCUUAAAGGCCAAGGAGCUUGACGGUUACGGUUGACAACAUCGAAUUGCAAUAUUGUACACUCGCAGUGAUUUUUGUCCAAGACGGCGCGACCAAACUCAUUGAAAUACAGACAAACGAUCACCAUCAUUCUAAUUCUUUAUUAUUCAUUUCAGAAAAUUUAUAUAACGGAAUUACCACGUUUCUCAAUUUUAAUCUGUUCGCCGCGCUUGGGAACAUUAGCGCAAGUUUUGUUAAAUUUGUGAGUUUUUAUCAAAUCUUAAUUAUAACAAUAUCUUGAACAAAUAGCCUGGUCCACGACUUCUCAUCGUUCCUGCUUUGGCGAGGCUUCUCUUUAUCCCAUUUUUCAUGUUUGGAAACUAUCUUCCUGAUAGUCGUAGGCUACCAGUAUGGUACUCAAACGAGUGGAUUUUUUUCUUUGGAAACACUAUAAUGGCUUUCACAAGCGGAUAUUUCUCUUCGCUUGGUAUGAUGUACUCUCCCCGGUACGGACUCUGAAAUUUAACAACGUUUGUUUUUCCUUUUUCAGAGUUUGUCCACCUGAAUACUCAAAACUAGCGGGUCAAGUCUCUGCUCUUUUCUUAGUGUUUGGUAUUGCAGCAGGAGUGGCAUUCACACCAGUCAUAACAGCGAUGGUGAACAGCUUUUGA